UUUUUAAAUUUCUGCUUUAAUCUGUGAUCUACUUAAAUUUUUUUCAUUUCCUUAAGAUAGAACCUAGUUUUGCGUAGCAGCAAAGAUGAUUCAGUUGUUGUUCUUAGUUCUUUUUGCUGAGGGGUUUGUGGCAUCUUUGCUGUUGGUAAAGAUUGGACCAUUGAGAGACUUGGUGAUUAAGAGUUUGGAUCAGGUGAAGAUGGGAAAGGGUCCUGCUACAGUGAAAACUAUUGCUGGAACCAUGUCUGUGAUUCUGUUUUCUAGCCUCAUGAGCAUUGUUAAGAUCCAAAGUAAGGGUGCAAAGCUUGGAACCAUGUCACCUAUGGAUCAGGUUCUAUGGAGAACCCACUUGCUUGAGGCAUCACUCAUGGGUUUCACCCUCUUUCUUGGGUUCUUAAUUGAUCGGAUGCACCAUUAUCUUUCAAAGCUUAUUGGGUUGAGAAGUAGCGUGGGAUCUUCAAAAGAGGAAGUUGAAAGGCUUCAGAAAGAGAAGAUGCAGCUUAAAGAGGAGGAAGGCAAAGUUUCCAAGGAAAUGAAGCUUCUACAGGAACAAUUUUCAACUCUGUCAGAGAAUUUGAAGAAGCUGAAGCUGGAAUCUGAGCAAAAGGACAAGCAGAUUGAAACAGCAGAAGCCCAUGUUGUUGCCCUUCACAAACGGUCUGCUGACCUCCUGCUGGAAUAUGACCGCUUGUUAGAAGACAACCAAAAUCUUCAGGCUCAAGCUACAGGACAUAGGAUUUGAGGAAAUUUUGAAAGAUGCCAAUCAAGUUUUGGGAAUCCUUUUUUUUUCCUCACUGGAGUGGAGAUAUAGGAAACUUCUGCUUCAUUGCAUGGAAACGGCAUUUGUCGCAUCUUAAUUGGGUAAAAUAGGACCUGGCUUCUUUUCAGAGAUGAGGGAUGUGUUGAUUUACCUGCGUCCAGUAUUUUGCAGUUCUCUUGAGUCUAGAAUUUUUGGCCUAUCCAUCUCGGCGCCCCUUUUCUGAUUGAAGUUUUGCGUGCCUAUCAAAUUCUGAUAGCAACAAUUCUUUACAUUUUGUUUUCUCCAAUUGAUAUGGGAAUGUGUUUUAGAUAGCUGACAGCAUUCUUGUUUUGAAACAAGGAAACGGUGGUUUGGAACUACUUCUUGUAACUUCUUAUUUA